AUGGCAGGAGAACCCCCCCUGCAGCUCCGCGUCUUCGACCUCAACUGCUGGGCCAUCCGCUACCUGAGCAAGCGGCGGCAGGAGAGAGUCCAGCCCAUCGGGGAGAAGCUGCGCCGGGGGCGCUGCUAUGAGUGUGCCUGUUCUCAUCCCACUGUCCUCCAGGUGUGGAGUGAGCAGGACUACAGAGACCUGAAGGCGAAGCUGGCAGGCUGCUACCCCUUCUCCCAUUAUUUCCAGAGCGGGGUGAUCGGCAGCGGCCUCUGCGUCUUCUCCAGGUUCCCCAUCCUGGACACCUUCCUGUACCAGUACUCAUUGAACGGGUACCCCUACAUGCUCCAGCACGGGGACUGGUUCUGUGGCAAGUCCGUCGGCCUCGUCAUCAUGAAGAUCUCUGGGAUCAUCUUCAAUGUCUAUGUCACCCACCUGCACGCCGAGUACUGCCGGGAGAAGGACGCCUACCUGCCCCACCGCCUGGUGCAGGCCUGGGAGCUGGCACAGUUCAUCCGACACACCUCGAAGGCGGCUGAUGUGGUGCUGCUGGGAGGGGACCUGAACAUGCACCCCGAGGACGUGGGCAUCCGGCUGCUGCGGGGCUGGACGGGGCUGCAGGACGCCUUCUCCGAGGCCACACGCUUUGAGGGCUGCCAGGACGGCUGCACCCUCAUCCCCAGCAACUGCUUCACUGUCAAGGCUGAGCUGCUGCCCUUCCCACUGGGCAUCCGCAUCGACUACAUCCUCUACAAGGCCAUCUCCAGCUUCACGGUGAAGUGUGAAGAGCUGAAGACCACCAAGGGGACAGCCCCAGGCGUGGACAUCCCCCUCUCCGACCACGAAGCCGUGAUGGCAACGCUGCACAUCCAGAGGCAGGGACAGGCUGGGGGUGCCCCCCUCAACAGCACUGAGGGACCCACUGGUAUGGCCGGGAGGCUCGAGGGGCUCAGCGUCCCCCCCCCUCACCCGGGGCAACCUCAGGGGCUCCUGGUGGAACCUGGUGACUGGUCUGGCAACUGGAUUGGACUCGGGUAG